UUUGUCGGCUAUGUGUGUGCGCUGAUACAGCUGGAAUUUGUAGUUCUCUUGAUGCUUUUUUGACACAAGGAAAUCAACACAUGGACAAUAUCACCCACAAUUCUGUGUUUUUGUAUUUGUACGUUGACUUUAAACACUGAUGACAGCUCAGUAUGGAGGCAGUUUUAGCCCAGUAUGAAAACCAGAUCAACGUGUUCUCUGAAUUCCUUGAAGAUUUACCAGAGACUGAAGGUCCAGUGUGGCUUUUAGGAGAAUCUUAUAAUGUUAAAACAGAAAAGUCAGAGCUUCUGUCUGAUGUGCGUUCACGGCUGUGGUUUACAUACAGGAAGAAGUUCAGCCCUAUUGGAGGAACAGGUCCCUCGUCAGACACAGGCUGGGGCUGCAUGCUGCGCUGUGGACAGAUGAUCCUGGCACAGGCGCUCAUCUGCAGCCAUCUUGGAAGAACAUGGAGGUGGCUGACAGACAGAAGUCAACCAGCAGAGUACCAGCGCAUCCUCCACUGCUUUCUAGACAGAAAAGAUAGCUGUUACUCAAUUCACCAGAUGGCUCAGAUGGGAGUGGGCGAGGGUAAAUCUGUUGGACAGUGGUACGGCCCGAACACAGUAGCACAAGUCCUCAGGAAACUCACACUGUUUGAUGAUUGGAGUUCAUUAGCUGUUUAUGUGUCAAUGGACAACACCGUAGUGAUCGAAGACAUCAAGAAGCAGUGUCAUCAGGAGGUGAGGUCCAGUCGGUGUAUCUGUGGUGGGGUUGAAGUUUCAACAUCCAGUGAUUCGUCGAAUGUCCGUGAGCAGCUCCAGGCUCUGUGUCCUGUCUCACAUUCCCAACAGAAUUCCCAGCAUUCCCAGGACUGGAGGCCUCUGCUGCUGCUCAUCCCACUGCGGAUGGGCAUCAACAACAUCAACCCCAUCUACAUCCAGGCCCUGAAAGAAUGUUUUAAGAUGCCUCAGUCAUGUGGAGUUCUUGGUGGAAAACCCAACCUGGCUUAUUACUUUAUUGGAUUUCUAGAUGAUGAGCUGAUUUAUCUGGACCCUCACACCACCCAGUCAGCUGUGGACUCAGAGACGGAGCUCGGGGUGGAUGAUCAGAGCUACCACUGCCAGAGGAGUCCUCAUCGCAUGAAGAUGGAGUGCCUGGACCCGUCUGUAGCUCUGGGUUUCUUCUGUAAGAGUGAGGAGGACUUUGACCGGUGGUGUCAUCAGGUUCAGCAGGAAAUCUUGAAGAAGCGAAACUUGCGAAUGUUUGAGUUGGUGGAGAAACAUCCAUCUCACUGGCCUCCGUUCAUUCCUCCGACUAAACCUGAGGUGCAGACCACAGGAGCAGAGUUCAUCGAGUCCACAGAGAAGCUGUUUGAGUCUGAGGAGGAGUUUGAGAUCCUGAAUGCUUAAACUCCACGUCUGAACCUUCAUGCAAUCAAAGGAAGCUGAUUGGGCUGAAACCUCACACCUUCUCCACACCAUAAAAGUGCCUCAGAUCAACACCAAGCACAGACAAAUAAAUACAAAACAAAGAUACACCAGGACCUAAAGAGCUGGGAACGCUGAGCAAGUGAAGGACGGAGAGGGUGAAGCUCUCAAUUAGAACAAGCCAAGGAUUACUGUAGCCAGUGUGUGUGUGUGUGUGUGUGUGUGUGUGUGUGUGUGUGUGUGUUUAUAAAAUGGUUUGGAGAAUUCUCAGGUUGAAUGAACUGCAUUGUACUGUAUCACAACAUCGCCGACUGCACAGGACCUGUUAGAGAACAAGCAUGGAGUUGAGGAGGAUGAUGAUGAUGAUGAUAAUCCCCACAGCGUCAAAAUACACACACACACACACACACACACAGUUCAGUUAAAAUGUGUCCAUCAUAAACAGAGUUAAAUAAUAAAUAAUUUUUUUCUUAAAUUGUGCAUUUAUAUAAAUAUGCUUGAAAUAAAAAAUAUUUAAUGCA